AUGGAAGACAAAGAGGAGAAGAAGCAAAAAAAACAUGGGAUAUUCUCCUUUUUAAAGAAAAAAUCAAAAUCAGCAAAAUUUGAAGAGGAAGGAUUAGAAAAAGAAGAUAAAAAAGAAAAAAAAGAGAAAAAAGAGAAGAAGAGGAAAGAGGAAAAAGAAAAUGAGAAGAAGAGACACUCUGUUGCUGUUGUGGAAAAGAAAGAAUAUAAAGAGCCAAAUAGAAAAUCAUACGCUCAAGGAGGUAGUGUUAGUAUUUCAUCAUUUAUGAAAAGCCUUCCUGAUUGGCAAGAAAGUACAAGAAGAGUUAUUACUGAUUGUAGUUUUGAGACGUUUCCAAUUGCUGGAGAUUUACCUCGGUUAUUAAAACAUUUAUCUAUUGUACGUGAAGUAUCUGAAGGGAAUUAUGAUACUCUUUUUCCUAAAGAUGGAAUUGUUAAUAAAACAAGUAAUGCUGGUGAUUGUCUUCAAGUUAUUACUUGCGUUACUCAAUUACUUGAAGGGGAAGAACAAGCAGAAAAAGUAGAAAAAGAAUGGAAUGAAACAAUAGUCAAUGACCAAGACAUGAGCGUACAAAAGACCUUUUUAAUAAAAAUUUUAAAAAAAGUUUUUGUAGAAGAAACAGAAAAUAAAGAAGUACCAUCACCUGUUAUUACAUUUUUAAAAGCAAUUAAUCAAAAAAUUAUUGCAAAUUCUACAAUGCAUUUAAAGAUUGUUUGUGGUAAUUUGUUCUUCAAAGACUCUCAACCAAUGUUUUGGGAAGUGGCUUGUAUUCUUCAACAAAAGACAUAUUUAAUUCAUUAUAGAAAACAAGAAACAACAAGUAAAAACCCCGAAGAAUAUUUUAGAUUCUUAUGGGAAUUAAGACUUGUUUUUAAUUCUAAUUUGACUCAAUUAGAAGAAGUAACAAUGGGAAUUUCAUGUAUUGAAUUUAAACCAGAGACUACUGAGGCUAUUCGGACAAGUGUAUUAAAUACUCUCAAAUCAAUUCAAUUUACUGAUUGUCAAAUAAAAAAUGUAGGUGAAGAAGAUGAUCAAUAA